AAUCUGUCUAUGACCUUCUCCCAAAGGAGCUGCAGUUACCACCUUCCAGAGAAACAUCUGUAGCAUCCAUGAGCCAAACAAGUGGUGGCGAGGCAGGUUCGCCGCCUCCAGCUGUAGUUGCUGCUGCUUCGCCAUUCAGAGACAGGCAUCGAGUGGUGGGUUGUGUGACAGUGUCUGUCAAUAGUGAAGACAAAUAGUGCCAGAGACAUUUAACCCAUCCAAUCUCACCCAGGGUAUAGGAUUUGCCUCUGAAGCAGGGAGUGUCUGCAUUAAAAAUGACCUGUAGUUCUCUGCUUCAUAGAUGCUUCUUCAGCUCCUUCCUCUUCCUCCAUGGGCGGUGCUUGCAGCUCCUUUACCACCUCUUCCAGUCCUACCAUUUACUCUACCUCAGUCACCGACAGCAAGGCUAUGCAAGUGGAGAGCUGCUCCUCAGCCGUGGGGGUAAGUACCAGAGGGGUAAGUGAAAAGCAGUUAACCAGUAACGCAGUCCAGCAGCAGCAGUCAACGCCGAAGAGACACACAGUCCUGUACAUCUCGCCACCACCUGAGGACUUGCUGGACAACAGUUGGAUGUCCUGCCAGGAUGAGGGGUGUGGAUUGGAGUCAGAACAGAGCUGCAGUAUGUGGAUGGAGGAUUCACCCUCCAACUUCAGUAACAUGAGUACCAGUUCCUACAAUGAUAACACUGAGGUGCCACGUAAAUCACGCAAACGAAAUCCAAAGCAGAGGCCAGGGAUCAAACGUCGAGAUUGUGAAGAGUCCAACAUGGAUAUAUUUGAUGCCGACAGCGCCAAAGCGCCUCACUAUGUCCUUUCUCAGCUCAGCACGGACAGCAAAGGCAACUCAAAAGCAGGAAAUGGAGCAUCAGAGAACCAGAAAGGAGCUGGAGGGAAGAAGACACCAAUGUUGUGUGGUCAGUAUCCGACUAAGAGUGAGGGGAAGGAGCUGAAGAUCGUGGUACAGCCAGAAACCCAACACAGGGCUCGUUACCUGACUGAAGGCAGCCGAGGCUCAGUGAAAGACCGAACACAGCAAGGCUUUCCAACAGUCAAGCUGGAAGGUCACAAUGAGCCGGUGGUGCUGCAGGUAUUUGUGGGUAAUGACUCCGGUCGAGUGAAGCCACAUGGGUUCUACCAGGCCUGCAGAGUUACUGGGAGAAACACUACCCCCUGUAAAGAAGUGGAUAUAGAGGGAACUACUGUUAUUGAGGUUGGACUGGACCCAAGCAACAAUAUGACACUUGCGGUUGAUUGUGUGGGGAUACUGAAGCUAAGAAAUGCUGAUGUUGAAGCUCGGAUAGGGAUUGCUGGCUCGAAGAAAAAAAGCACACGUGCUAGGCUGGUAUUUCGUGUUAACAUCACUCGCAAAGAUGGUUCAACUUUGACUCUUCAGACACCCUCUUGCCCAAUUUUGUGCACUCAACCAGCAGGAGUUCCAGAGAUCCUAAAGAAAAGCCUGCACAGUUGUUCAGUGAAGGGUGAAGAGGAAGUUUUUCUGAUUGGCAAGAACUUUCUAAAGGGAACAAAAGUGAUUUUCCAAGAGAACGUUUCUGAUGACAAUUCAUGGAAGGCAGAGGCUGAAAUAGACAUGGAAUUAUUUCAUCAGAAUCAUCUUAUUGUGAAGGUGCCCCCAUAUCAUGACCAGCAAAUAACCUCAGCUGUUUCUGUGGGGAUAUAUGUUGUGACCAACGCUGGAAGAUCACGUGAUGUGCAGCCAUUUACAUACACUCCAGAUACAUCUGGUACUCUGAAUGUUGAUGUGAAAAAGGAAAUCUCCAGCCCAGCCCAACAUUGUUCUUUUGAGGAGGCUAUAAAAGCAGUGAAGGCCACUGGUUGUAACCUGGAGAAGGUCAACAUUCUUCCUAGUGCCUUGAUAACUCCGCUUAUGCCAAGCAGUAUGAUUAAGAAUGAAGAUGUGGCUCCAAUGGAAGUAAGUGCAGAAAAAAGAUCUCCCCCUGUCUUCAAGGCUUCAAGUGUGGUUGGACCAACUCAACAAACAUUGGAAAACAGUAUGUCUGGCAUAUCAACUUCUGCUUCCCAUUUACCUUCUGAAAAUGAAAACCAGCAACAAAUACAGCCGAAGGUGUAUAGUCCAGAGACACUAACUACUAUCCAAACACAGGACAUUUCCCAGCCUGGUAGCUUUUCAGCUGUUUCAACUCCAGGUCAGCUGCAGAACAGCGAUGCAUUAUUGCAGCAAGCUGCACAGUUCCAAACAAGAGAUGCCCAAGCCAGGGAAGUCUUGCAAUCAGAUGGCACAGUAGUCACUUUGUCACAGUUAACUGAUCCAUCACAACAACAACAGUCUGCACUCUCAGAACCAGCACAGGCAUUGCAGCAACAGAUUUCAUCAAGUAUUUUCUCGUCAGCAAGCGGUGUGAGUCAGUUACAGAACACUAUCCAGCAACUGCAAGCUGGAAAUUUUCCAACAAACACUGCCACUGGCAGCAAUAGAAAUGUUGACUUGGUGCAGCAGGUACUGGAAGCUCAGCAGCAGUUAUCUUCUGUUUUAUUUUCUGGUUCAGACAGCAGUGAGGAUGUUCAAGAUCAGCUAAAUGCUGACAUCUUUCAGCAAGUUAGCCAGAUACAAAAUAGCGUAAAUCCUGGUAUAUUUUCCUCAUCAGACACAGCUGUCCAUUCUAGACCAGAGAACCUUUUGCCUGGCCGAGCUGAAAAUGUUCACUCACAGCCUGAAAAUGCAUUGUCCAGUCAACAGCAGCAACAACAGCAGCAGCAGCAGGCUAUGGAGACUUCUGCAGCAAUGGUGAUAGGAAUCCAACAAAACAUUUGCCAGGCUGCAACACAGAUGCAGUCUGAUUUGUUCUCCUCAACAACAUCAGGGAAUGGAGCCCUGCAACAGUCACCUGUUUACCAGCAGCCUUCCCACAUAAUGAGUGGGUUAUCAACAAGUGAAGACAUGCAAAUGCAGUGUGAAUUGUUCUCUUCAUCUCCCGGUGUUUCUGGGAGUGAGACUACUCCUGCUGCUCAGCAACAGGUCUCCAACAAUGGACCUGCUAUGUUUCAGACCUCAAAUGCUGCAGAUGGAGAAGAAGCUUCAGGACAGAAUAAACAGAUGCAAAACACUGUAUUUCAGACCAUGGUUCAAAUGCAGCAUAGUGGAGAAAGUCAAUCUCAAGUUAAUCUCUUUUCAUCUACUAAAAACAUGAUGGCUGUUCAGGCAAGUGGAACUCAACAACAAGGAGGUGGUUUGUUCCAGCAGGGCGGAGAGAUCAUGUCUAUUCAGUCAGGAAGCUUUAUGCAGCAGUCUCCACAUUCACAAGCUCAGCUUUUUCACUCUCAGAAUCCUAUUGGUGAUACUCAGAAUUUAUCACAAGAAACACAAGGCUCUAUUUUCCACAGUCCAAAUUCCAUUGUCCACAACCAGACCAGUGCCAAUUCCUCUGACCAACUGCAGCCUCCAAUGUUCCACUCACAGAACACCAUGGGUGUAUUGCAAAGUUCUUCAGUUCCUCAAGACCAGCAGUCAGCCAACAUGUUCCUUUCCCAGAGUUCAAUGAGCAAUGCUGCAACUCAGGAAGAACAGAUGUCAUUCUUUACGAGCCCAAAUUCCAUUUCUCCUCUUCAGACAGCAACAAACACUGAACAGCAGACUUCUUUCCAGCAGCAGACACAGAUAUCUCAUAUCCAGAGUACUAUGCUUCCCCAAGAACAGGCCCAGACUCAGCCCUCUCAGCAAGGUUUGUUUCAGUCUCAAGUGUCACUAGGCUCCAUGCAGUCCAGCUCAAUUCCUCAGAACCAGCAAGGAGCUAUCUUCCAGCCUCAGCAUUCAAUAGUUGCUAUUCAGAGUAGUCCUCCAUCCCAAGAACAGCAGCAGCAACAGCAGCAGAAUAUGAUGUUCAGUAAUCAAAAUGCAAUGAGUACAAUUGCUUCUCAAAAGCAGAACAUGAUUUUCAAUCCAAACCAAAACCCGGUUACCAAUCAGGAUCAACAAGGCCAGUCCAUUUUCCAUCCACAGACUAACAUGGCAUCAAUGAACCAGGAGCAGCAGCCCAUGCAGUUCCAGAGUCAGAGUACCGUAUCUUCUCUUCAGACUCCUGGAUCCAGCCAGGCUGAAGCGCAGCAGCCAGCCAUCUUCCAUAAUUCACCCCAGAUUCAGUUGGUCCAAGGAUCACCAAGUUCUCAAGAGCAACAAGUCACCCUCUUCAUCUCUUCAGCUUCCAUGUCUGCCUUGCAGAAUAGUAUGAGCCAGCAAGAGCUGCAGCAGUCUCCUAUGUAUUCGUCUCAAAACAGCAUGGCAGGAAUCCAGGGAACUGCUUCUCCUCCACAGCAACAAGCUUCUUUAUUCCACAAUGCAGCAGGAGGUGCUAUCAAUCAGCUGCAGAAUUCUCCUGCUUCAUCUCAGCAAACAUCAGGAAUAUUCCUGUUUGGCAUUCAAAACAACUGUGGCCAGCUGCUAACUUCUGGACCAGCGACGUUGCCUGAUGAGUUGAUGGCUAUAAGUCAGCCAGGUCAGCCACAGAGCGAGGGACAAGCAGCCGUGCCAACGCUUCUCUCCCAGCAGAUGCCUGAGACAUCUCCACUACCUUCAGCUAUGGCAGCCAACCAGAAUAUUGAGAAAAUAGAUGAUCUGCUCGUGUCAUUGCAAAACCAGGGGAGCAAUAUGGCUGGCUCCUUUUAACUAGUCAAAAAUUCUGUGAAGAAAAAAGUGAUGAUUUCACAGAUCCUCUCAGACCUUCCAGCUCUGGAUUAGGUUGUGUGGAACUGAUUGCUUUUGUCAAAGAGUAGCCCUCCUUUUUAAAGAGCACACACAUGGCCAAUUGCAGCAUCUAGCACCUAAGGCUAUGAGCAUAGUAUUUGGGAUUUGUAGUGCCAAUAAUGCUGAAAAGUUAUGCUUUGUUUUACUAGGGCAUGGGAUUGUACUGUUACCAGAUUCCUAAACCUCAUUAACAGUGGGGUGCUCUUUGAAUUUAAAGCAUAUCUGAUCAGCUAUUAUUGCUGGUAGAAGGUAACACAUGUCACCACGUUUACUAUUGUUUCCUCUUCUUCCUUCUUUACAUCUCCUCUUUUGACUAGAAAAGCUUGUGAAGUAGAAACUUCAAAUGCCUGUGCCAUGAGCCACAACUCAUAGCUGUCAGUCAGUGAAGGGGAUCAUGUUUUAGAGUUGUGUGGGAGACCUAAUACUGCAAUUUGCUAAUUGCAGUAGGCAGCAAUGACAAAUAUUGAUAACUGUAAUCAACAAGCGGAGAAAUUGUUCGCUUCUGUAGAUAGCCAGAGGUGGGUGCUUCCCAUCUGCAGAUGUGAUUAACGGUUCUCCAUGUCUCUUACAUGUAACUUGUACAUGGGGCAAGGGUUUGGUGACUCUUAACAAAAUGAAGGAAUGAAGAACUUUCUGUUUUGCUCUUAAAAUCUUACCCUCUAAAAUACCUUGUAAAGAGCAUUCUGCCUGGCUGAGGAAAGAACUCUGUGUCUCUGACUGGAUGGGUUAGAACUCUGUAAAGCUGCAUUAACCAUUCUCAAACCAGUCUUCUCCCUUCCACUCUUUUCAUGGUUUUCCUUCUCUCUUCCCAAGUUUCAUAUUGUGUUUUAA